AGAAUCGCCUCCUUCGCCUCCUUCGCAGACGUCACUAACACCCGCACCAAACUCCGAGCGCCUCUUAACUUUUGUUCCUCUUUUUCUUUUCUUUCUGUGAUAGCCAUGCGCUUACACAGCAGGACGGGGAACACAGAGCUCGGACGCAACGACAAAUCGGAUGAUUGUCCCCGGCCUUCGAUUGGCUUGCUGAAAGGGUGUAUUUUCACCAUGCAAAAUCCGACUUGGUCUCUCCUUGUGUAGAUAGGAUGGAUAACCCCGAAGACUGUGACCCAUACUGCGUUCCGGCCAGAAGGGCUCAGUGGAUAGUCAGUGUCCUAGCAUACCACUACGGCUUGGACCGAGGGGCGGAGAACGAGAUAAUAGUUCUGGCCACGGGUCUGGACCAGUAUCUACAGGAAAUCUAUCACCACUUGGAUUUUUACGGGGAAGGAAAGAUACCAUCCGACGAUUUUAAAGUUCUCUGUGAAGUCUUAGGGCUGGAGAGCGACGCGGAGGUGGAGGAAGGUGCCGGGAUUUUAGAAGAUCUGCCGUGCGAGCUCAGCUUCAGGCAGUUCCACUCCAGAUUGUGCGGGUACUUUAGCACCAAAGCGGGAUGCCAGUGCAGUAACGUUCGGCUGCCUGUCAGCAAAGAGAGUGAACACAUCGAGACGCAGAUCCGCGUGAGGAGCCCACUGAGACGCAGGAAAACGUCCCUCUCCAGGGCUUCUUCCCCAUCUCCUCACCUGCUUGGGCAGUGCGUCAAAGAGUGUGCCCCAGCCCGUCAUGUGCCAUGGUCCUGUACCACAGAGUUUGCCACAACCCAUCGAGUGGCAGGGUCGUCUGCCAGGGAUUGUUGUACAAGUCGGCAUGUAAAAGGAGUCUGCGCAAAGGAGUGUGUCUCCUCUCCACUAGUGCAAGAUAACUGCAAAAGGGAUUCUUACAGACACCAGGCUUUACAGGUUUUAUGCACCAGCGCGAACAAUCUAGACACGGAUUUGUCAAGAUCUUGCACCGAUGCCUUUUCUCAGCCCGGCCCUUGCACGAGAGGGCACAACUCGGGCUCUUAUUCUCCAAUCCUCCACGGAUCGGAACCCUGUCCUCGGGAGUGCUACGAAGAAAUCGUUGCCUUGGAAGAAGCCGAAGACAGAAUCGCCAAACUAGAGGACGAAAAUGCCAGUCUGCGGGAGCUGGUGGAGGAUAUGCGUGCCGCCCUGCAGAGCAGCGACGCUCGGUGCUUGGCACUCCAGGUUGGGCUGUGGAAGAGCCAUGAUGGCCAUACAGCAGAGAGUGGCUGUUACUUGGCGAACAGGAGGUCCUUCACUCAAAAAUCCCACAGCCAGAUGGACAGCAAAUGUUUGAACAGCUUACUCUGUGACAUGGAGAAGAUGCCCACCAUUGGAAAUGGCAAAAUAGAAGAAGCAAUGACAUUCAAUCAAGAGCUAGAGAAUGAGCUGAAGAUGACCCGGGAGGCACUGAGGAACCUCGAAGAGUGCAACCGGAGCCUUAAGUGGGAGCAGGCUGAAAUGAGGAAGAAGAUAGAGGAAGCCAGAGAAGCAGUGCUCAGUAGUCUAAGCAAGGUCCGUGAGCUGGAAGUCAAGGCUCAGCGGGUCCCUACGCUGCAGCGGCAUGUGGCACAGCUGGAGUCUGAACUUGGCUAUUACAGGUCAACAGUGAUUCAGGCUCAGGUUCCAAUGAAGAGCCCGCCUGGCGAGGAGAAUGUUGGUGCAACGGAUCCAUCAAAACGAGAAUGCUGUCUGUCCAUCCAGCAAGACCGGAGGUCCCCAACAGGCCAUGCUGAAACAUCUCCUGAUGCAGGUGAGCAGCUGUUCCGGUCAGUGGAAGGACAGGCCGCGUCUGAUGAGGAGGAGGAUAAGUGGAUUGUGGAGCAACAGUCCCAGGUGGACAAUGUCAGAAAAAUCCUCAGCAAGCUGUCUUGCUGCCGAGACAGAUGUGAGGAUAAAACAGUGAAAAAGAUGCUGUCAUAUUUCAAGGGCACAGAAAGCGAUGGACACUUAAACCUUGUGGUGGAACUAUUGGACCAAACGACCAUGCUGACAAAACAGCUAGAGCAACAAGAUAACGAAAUGAAGAAAAUGGAGGAAGCCAUGAACCAGAUGAAAAGCACAUUGAUCCAGGAGCAACAGCAGAAGAUAAAUGAGUCAGAGGUGCUUCAGACAGAGUUACAGAUGCUGGAAACAGAGAGAGUACGUCUGUCACUGGUGGAGGAAAAGCUCUUGGAUGUUCUUCAGCUGCUCCUGCAGCUCAGAGACCUGAACAUCUCAAGGCGGUUGCUAGGCAAGAUUUUACUGAGUACACUAGGAUCCUGCAAUGAUCUUCAAUAUGGGAAAACUCAUGUCCUCGAGGUUCUCAACACUCUUCAGAAGGAAUUAGCUGCUUGUGAGCUGUUUUCUGAGUCCACUCUGGAAAGGUCAUCCAGCUGCCAAUCUUUGUCUAGUCCUCUCCUCAUCUCCUGCUGAUGAUCUUUACUAACAUUCCUUCAUUAUAGCCAUGACUGCUUAAACUGCACCACUGCUCAGAGAAACCAUGAGCAUUAGCAGUUUUCUCAUCUGAUAUGUUGUGCUAUUCUUCUCUCUCCACACCUUUCCUUAUUGACCACAAAAUGUUAGGAGGCUUAAAUCUCAAACCACGGAGGCAUGAAUUACUGCGAGUGUUCCAGGUAAGCCAUCUGGAGAUAGAUUGGUACAGGUACCAUCCCCUGGGGACAUUGCAGCUACACACUGGCACUACACCUUUGGACUUUUUAUUGGGAAUAUGUGAGUCAUCUCUACACAGUGGACCUCAUGCUAAGAUAAGACCCUACAACGACAUUCUGGGAUUGGACUCUAUGAAUAUGAUAGUGUGUAUUAUACAGUAUCUAUGUACUGGGAGUUCUGUGCUGAAAGCACAUGCUUUGUUUGUGCACUGGAGUUUAUGUGCUAUUGUGGAAAUGACCCUUAUGGCCACCGAGUGACAGUCCAGAGGGGAGUGACCCAGUUUGUCCUUUAUUGACUGUGUAUUCCACUCUCAUAGCCUGUCCUUGUUGCUUACAGAAUGAGACACUAAAAGAUGAAGGAGCAGAAUGACUCUUCCUCACCGGAUACAUUUGCCACUAAAGAUAAAGAUAAACAAAAUGGUCUGUUUUCCUUUUUUUGUUUUAACUACCCAGCUCAGCCAGUAAAAGCCUAUGGCUAAAAAGCCACUUCCUUCCUGUUCUGGGAACCAACAUAUUGAUGAACAGCACAGCUCUAUGAGCUUCACAGAACUUCUGGAGGAGAAGCAGCACAGAAGCUGAAACAGGGAAGUGGGAGAAAUACUACAAUCAAAGGGAGAAAGCAAAUUGAUUAAAGAGAGAAAAACCUCUGUUUGUUAUAUAGCUGGAGUUUAUUGUUGGAAAAUAUGUUUGGGGUCACAUUAAACAUUUGAAAGGGAAAGCUGGGCUAACUGAAAUUGCAAUCAAAAGGAAAGUCCUGAGAUGUUGUGGACUCCAGAAGACAAUUUUUAUUUUAAUUUACUAACAUCAAGGAGUGACUAUACUGCAACCUGCUGACUGAGACAGAAAUACUUAAAACUCUGCAAGUCUGUAUAAGCCAAACGGCUUACUCUAACCUGCUUUUUUAAGUGACAGUAUUGCUGGCAUU